GAUGAAAUAAUUCAAACCUGCUCUCAGUCUGACCGGACAAUAACAAACAAAUAGUGAUAAGAAAAGUUCUACCAUAAUGACGAAAUGUAUUUUAUUAGUUUAUUCUAAAACUAGAACAUUUUUUAAAUAAUUUAUUCUUAUAGUUUUUAUUUCAAUCUAAAUUAUGACUUCCAACAAGUCAUUAAGACCUUCUACGGUUGAAGAGUCCUCGUUCAUCGCCAAAGAGGUCUAUGUUGUUAUGCAAAACAAUUACAGAAUUUCAAGAAACAUUAGAGCUCAAUGGUUUUUUAGGAAUUUGAACAAGACCCUAAAGUUUAAAUGGAAAACAAGUGAGGAAAAAUCCACAGAAGAAAUAGAAGUAAUUUCAGCUAUACCAAGGAAUGAAGAAACUUAUGAGAUUGAUAAAAACGAUGGCUACAUGAUUGUCAAAAUUACGCCGGAAACAGAGAUAAAGUUCCUGUCAACAAAAUACCGUUUUGCUUUUUGUUUGGAUCUUAGUGCUUCAGUUUCAACUGUCGACAUUCAGCAUGACUCCAUAUUUUUUGAAGAAGGAUUUUUAGCUUUAAAACAGAGUUUAACUUAUAUCAGUCAACCGUUUUAUAUUCCUGGCAGUAAAUAUUAUUUUGCACCUCAAAUAUAUGUCACUGUUAUUGCAUACAUUCCUAGUUGCUCUGUUACUCUGCCUCAAGUUUUAAUACAGGGUUGGAUUUUGACAAAGGAAAAUGUAAAUAAUUUGUUGGACAUUCUUCACAAAAAAUUGAUUCUUAUGUGUAAUUUAGUUGUCAAAGCUUCUGUUGCUCUUCAAGAGGAGGAGUUGAAAUUUAUGAUGCCACAAGAUGCCAAUGGUUCUAUUAUUGAUGGAGCGAUUGAUAGUAACAAGAUGAUUAAAAAAAUUCUUGAUUUAUCUGCUGAUGUCAGUAGUAUAAAAUUAAUCCAAUAUGGUAUUCUUGCCUUACAGCUGCUCCCAGAAAACAGUAGUGCUGGAAUCAUUGUUGUUACUGACGGUGUUUUAAAUUUUCCGAAUUGCAAAAGUUUAGAUUCUCUUUUAUCUCAGUUACGAAACAGCACCAUUGCGUGUUCUUUUUUGCAGUUGGGGAGCCCAUUUCAUCCUUUUUCUUGCUUUGGACGAAUUCCCUACAUUGAGCUGAUGGAAUUCAUAGCAACUGCAACUUGUGGUGCAUAUUUCCCAUCAACUAAAGAUUAUGAAGUAAAACUUACUGAUUCGUCAGAGAUGAACUCGUAUCAAAGGGCUUUACUUUUCUGGAGUUUUCAAAAAACUACAACAUCAUCAUUUGUUGAAGCUUUUGUGCCAUCUAAAGUUAAUAAGAAGUUUUGGCAUGUGGAAAACCCACAUUUUUACACAGUUCAUCACCAAUCAAGAGUAAGAAAAAAACACACUGAAGGAACAUUAAAAGUUAGCUUAGAAAAUCUGUUAUCCUGUCGUCUGAGAGAAGGUUACAGUGUAAAAAGUGUUUCUAUUGAUGAAGGUAAGAACACAGCUGAAGUAAAAUUGACUCUUCCUUGGAUGUUAAGCACCAGCAUUGAAUAUAUAAUCACUUGCAGUCCUGGCAGGAAAAACAGUUCUGAUAUGCUGAAUUGUCAUUUCGAAGUAAUUGUUGAUGGAUGCUAUGAAUUUCUACAUGAUGUAACUUGUUCUGAUAAACAGCCUAUUAAAAGUAUUUAUAGGAAAACUGUCAUCGCUCAGUUUUGGAAUUACAUAAAAAACCUAUCAAAUACUGACCACAUCUUAACCCAGCUGCAUUCCUUUGCUCAUAAUCCUGUCUAUUACACCAUUCCUGAAAGUAUUAAAAAUGGAGUGCCUUUAUUUUAUUUCCCAACAAAUUCUUCUUUGCCAGCUCUUUCUUCAAAAAAUUUAGCAAAGGAAUUUAUGCAGUUUACACAAUAUUGGAAAACUUUAUGCAUGCUGGAUAUAAACAUUUGGCAAAAAUGGAUGCAUGCCCAUAGAAUUGGUAUUAUUCUGCAACAUGACCCUCUACCCAAAAAUCUCCACCUUCCUAAUGCCAGCGGACGGUAUACACACAUUCAAUGUCGACAGGCAAAUACUGCUUUAAAUUCACUACUCAGUGAGGAUAGCUCAUUUGUGCUUGUUGAAAAUCAUUCCUACAUUAAACUCUUGUUUGAUGAUCCAGAUAAGCCACCAACAUCUUUUUAUGUCAUUAGAGUUACAAGCAAGCCACCUUGUGUUGUUAUAAGGCUUGCAUUUUUGGGAGGUUUACCUGGGAACCAAAGGUUUGAGAUUGUUAAUAAGCUGCGAGAAAAAAUAAUGAAUUUGAAGUUGAGCAAAAGAACAUCCACUAAAGAUUAUUCUCCUCAGUUUUUGAAAGGUUCAAAUUCUAGUUCCUCCGAGUUGCCCUGUUGUUUGUUUUUGAAGAAACCUGUUGAAAAAAUAUUAAUUAGGUAUGAAAAAUUACCCUCCAAUUUUCUGAUAUCUGUUUCUGAAAGCUUGAAUUUCACUAAAGGAGUUUCAUAUAAUCAAAAGCAAAUAGAUUCAUGCAUAUAUACAGAUGCUUUAAUAACUCUAAGCAAGUAUUUGUUGCAUCAAAGAUGGGUUUGGACUUUACAAUAUGAGAUGAAUGCUUCAUUAGAUUUGAAUUCUGCCUCAAAAAUUUUGUAUGCUCUAACGAGUGUCAGACUCCAAGAAGGAUUCCACUUCACUCAUUCUGGGCUAGGUAUUAUUUAUAUGGUUCAAGAAAUGCCGAUUGAGGUUCCAUAUGACAAUUCUUUGAAUGCUGACUCUAGUAUUAAAAAAGAAGAAAAUAGCUGCACAAUUCAAUACAUAAUUUUCCCCCCUCAUACGAAUACUACAGUGAAAGAUAGUAUAUCAGAAGAAGAUGAUACUGAACUAACUGAAGCUGAUGGGGAAUUACAGUUGAUUACCGAGUGUUGGAUAGAGCCUCAAUGUGGUAUUACAAAAUUCUCAUCUCAUCCAAGCUAUUUGAAUAAGCUCAAAUUUGAAGAAAUUCCUAAAGCUAUUCACUGCAGAGAUAUUGACAUUGUUACAGUGCUAACUACUUUUGAACAUCUUUGCAACCUUUGUAAGAAAACUACAAACAAGUCAGAUACUAUUGAGGUUUCAGCAGAAAGCAAUAAUUCCUUCCAUAUUAAUGUCCAAUCUGUUGCCAAAAGCGGAAAACCAUCUGACUCAAAUAUGAGUGGAACUCAUGUUAUACCAUAUGCAUUUUCUAUCAUAAGUCUUUUGCCCAAAAGUCCCCAGACUGAAAUCACUUUUUCUUCUCUCCAUACAAGUCAGAAUGCUUUGAUUGAAGAAGCAAGUGAUCCUAACUGUGUGUUUUAUGAGUUCCUUUUGGGUAACAUUCGCAAAGUGCAUGAUAGGGAGAUAUUGCUCAAUGCAGAAGAUUCUCUUGCAUUACUCUUUCAAGUACACCAUAGAGAGAGAAAUGAAAUUUUAAACCCCCCUGUACCGUUUCGACACCCAGACUUCUGCUUCUCAACAGUUAAGCCUAACCAAGGUUUUAUUCCUGAUUUAACUGAGUGUGAGUUUUGUUUUUGUCCCAUUCCUGAUCCGGCCGAACCUAAAUCACCAACCUUGACUAACCAAAUUUACGAUAAUAUACCGCAAUGGAAGUGCUAUAUAAAAGGGACUUCUUCAUCUCAUAUCUUGAUUACUUUAAUGCCGCAUAAUUUCCAAAGUAUUAAGAAACUUUACCAGCCACUGAAUGCACAGAAUGCUUCUUUAAAUCUUGAUCAGCAAGAUGAUAAUGAACUAUCAGAUGUUCCAGAAGCUGAGCAAGAGGAAGAAGAUGGACACCAACAAGAUGCUGGCACAUCAUAUGAACAUUCUGUCUGCAUUCCAUUCUAUGUGUAUAGCUGUGCUUCAAUCUCCAUCCUAAAUCAACUUAUUUACAAUGAUCUGGAGAUGAACAUGAGUGAUAAUUUUGAACAAUGCUUCUUUGAAUGUGAGUGCUGUAUUAAAAAACAUUCAAGUAUUUCUUCAGAACAAUCAGACACAAUCAAUAAACGUGUCUCUGAAUCAUCUGACUGCAAUAAAAGAUCCAUUAAAGCAAUGGAAGCCUUAGUUUUAAAGGAACACUGUAUUCUUAUGGAAAAGUCGUUUUCAAAGGCAUUUGCUUAUGGAGUUUAUAGAUCAUUGGUGUCUGGUUUAAAUGUGAACAAGCAUGAUGCAAUUGCUGCCAUUGAUGAGAUCUGUGAAGAAACUUUGCUAGAAAUUGAUAUUACUGAGUUUGUUUUUAUGAUAUGUGGCCAUGUUAAAGAUUUCAUUGCUAAGCAAUGUGUACGUCAGUUGCGACUUUCUCAAGAAAGUUAUGAGGACAAAGUUGUUAGUGAAUGUAAAAUGAGUGAAGAAAGUGAAGUUGCCACAGAAGAUAUUCAAAAUGAAACCGAGAGAGCUUUGGAAAAUAUCCUAUUCCCGUUCAGUGUCUUAGAGAAACAUCAACCUUGUGAGAACUUGCAACAGAAGCAUUUGAGCAUAAAAGAAAGAUUUUUAUCUAUCAUUAUGAGUUUCUUCAAAACAAUUCCUCAAAGACCUGACUAUUAUUUCUUCAAUCCUGUUGAAGAGGAAUCAGAUGAGAACUCUUUGAAUGAUGCAAAUGAAAGUCAGGAUGACAUUGUAUUUGAAAAAGAUGCUUCUGCAGAUGGAGAAACUCUUGGUGAUGGAGAUACAGAAAAAAAUACCAAUUUAUGUGAGGAUGAAUUAAAUAGCAAUCAAAGCUUUUUGCAUACUGAAUCAUCAGUUUCUUCUCUUGAAAAGGAUUCAGAAAUUUGUUCUGUUAAAGAAAACGAAAAUUACCCUCCUUUAUUUGUGCACUUUUCAUGUUCAGUUCGUAUAGCGAAACAAGAGAUGAAAAGUUAUCCUUUGACAGCGCUCCCAACUUGUCUUAAUGAAGUAAUAAAAUGUUUAGAUCCUGAAAGAAGUGAAGUAAACUUGGAUGACAUGAGAAUUACUUUAGAUAUGUUUUGUUUGACUGUUCCUGAUGAUAUUGAAAACCCAGAGGCCACUAGACAUCGUGUGUAUUCCACAUCUUACAGCAGUAAUUCUCCAAUACCAGAAGCAGAGUUAUAUGCAAAACAGCCCAUUCAAGAUGAUGUGGAAAGCACCUGCUCAGAUAUUCAAACUGACACUAUUCAGGCUAGUACUCUGGCUAGUUUACCUGCACGUCAGCAUGAAGCUGUACAUAAGUGUGUUGAAAAAAUAAAAUGGCUUUUACAAGAUGAAAAAGCAUCUGUUGCUUUAAGCUCAUAUCCUAUAACAAGUGAUAUUUUAAGUAUGGUAAUCAAUCAUGUAAAGUCUUCAAAAGAUAAAUUGUGCUGUCUUAUUAAAGAAGUUCCUCUCAUGUUUGUGUAUGGACCUGAUAGUAGUUUGGAAAAAUUUUCUCAAGCAUUCAAAAGAAUUUCUCCAUCAGGUUUUGGAUUAAAAGAACUAGAUGGAAAAUUUUACCUUGUUCUUGACUCUGAAUUUUCAAGAAAAGUGCAUAAUCCUUUUGAUUCCUUAGUACCUCCUCUUGUGUUGAUUGAUACUGAUCAGAUUACGAAAAUGAAAAAUCCAGAAGCUGAUGAUCCCACACAACUUCAGUUGAUAGGAGAAAAGAUAAGGGAUGGUCCCGUCUUCACUGACAUGGAUUUUUCUUACUUUUCUCAAUAUCCAAAAAUAGAUGAUUUGAUGGAUGACAACAAUGAUAGUGAAGGAACCAAAAGUGAUGCGAUUUACAAGCUAAUAAUCGACAAAAGAGUGAAAAAUUUCCAAAAUAGAGAAGAUUCUGACACUGAUGAUGGUCAGCAAGUCCCCGAAAUCAAAAAGUAUUCAAGAAAAUCUUCAGGCUGUGGCAAAUCAAGUUCUUCUAUGAAUGCUGCUAAGCGAACUGAAUCUACUCCCACUCUUAGAACAGAGAGGAAACUGUCUAUAGCUAAGCGUCCGCAAACAGCUCCGGGACGCUAUUUUAACUCUGCUGAAGGAGAAAUAACAAAUGAUGAAGAGUUGGUUGAGCUGUCUAAUAAAGGGGAACAUAGACAUUCAAUUUGUGUUGCUGAAGUAUUGUUGUCUGAGACCAUAAAAACUAAACUUAGUAGUACACCAAAGGCAAAAAAUAUUGGUUUUAGUUCUCCAACUACUGCUUCAGAAUCAUUAGGUUCUGUUGUUACACCUGAUAUAAAAGGAGGAAUGGAUGAAAAGAUAUUUCAUUCUAGUAACACUGAAGAUGGUUAUGAUGGUGAUAGCAGUGACAAUGGCAGUGAAUGGGAUCGGACCAGUAAUGUAGAUUAUAGUAUAAGACCUUCUGUUCUACCAAAAUUUUGGAUUAUUAUGGAGAUUUUUAGAGAUAAAGUUAUGAUUUAUUUCCAUAUGAGAGAGAGGGAAGAGGAAAAUGAUGAAGUUUUUGAAGGCAAAUCUGUUUUAAAUGAUGUUGUAACAAUAGUGUCUAAUAUCUGUAAAGAAGUGAACCAAAUUUUGCUGCUUCAAUCUUUGUAUGAUACCAAAAUGUGUAACCAGCUUCUAGUUCCUGAAGAAAAUGAAGAUGUUUGGAAGAAUCGAGAUUUUACUGUCGAUAACAAUAGAACACUUACAAAUGAUGAUCCGGACAUUCUAUUUGACGAUCAAGACAAGUACUUAGAAGCAGCUCUAAAGUAUGAACCAGGGACAUUUGGUUGUCCUGUUGUGUGGGUUACUCAUUUUAAAUUGCAUCCUAGAUUGACAUCGGGACCAGCCAAUAGCUCUAAAUCAUGGGGUAUGCAAGCACUUAGAUCAGUGCUGAGUACAUUUGCAGUAAAUAACAGAGAGAACAUGUUUGUGUAUCAAGACAAUUUAGGAACUGUGUUUUAUUUAAGACUGUAUGAAGAAACUUGUGAUGAAAUUCAUCACUCUGAUGUCUCCAAAACAGAACAUAAUAUUUCCUUAACUGGAUCUUGCUCAUCUUUACCAUGCUUAAUUCCCAAGAAAACUGCAGAAUGUGAUCCUGAGGAUUUCCGCCCAAGAGUGAAUUCUGGAGCUUCAGAUGGCUAUCGUCAAGACUCUAUUUCCACUACAUCUGUAUCAAAAAAAGUACAAAAAUGUGUUACUCUUCGUGUUCAUGGCAUUGGGGAAGUUGGUUCUACUAUAAAAAAUGAUCUCGUAAAAGUUCUACAAAAUCGCUUGGAUGAAGGUGUGCUAGAUAUAAUGAAUAUGAUGUUGUCACGAAAUCCAUUGUGUAUGUUAAGUACCGAAGAUGUCCAGUUUAUACAAAAUCCAAGCAGCACACCAACUUAUGAGCUGUAUUUUACUUUACCAGUGAAGCUUUUAGGCCAUACCCAUUCUAUUCAAAUAUAUUUGCGCCAGAACUUACUUCAUUUUCUCCAUAAUCCUAAGUAUCAUGAUAGCAGGAAAGAAACUCAUUUCAAAGCUUAUUGGCAUGCAGUGGAAGAAUGGGGUUUAGUUGAUGAUAACGAUGUGUUCUUGUAUCAUUCUCAGCAAGCUUCUGGUCAUGCUGGGGGAAAAGGUAUUGCAUGUGUAGUUCUUUCCCUUGUUACUGGACAAGGGCAACCAUUUAACUAUGUGAAUAACAUUCCACCAAAUCCUAUGGCUUACCAAGAUGGCUUGUCAGAGACUGAAUUUGAAGACCUAACUUCAACUUCCAGUUAUAUUUUGAAACAAGAUAAAUCCCCAGGCCCUGUUGCUUUGAUCCGGUUUCAGAUCUGGAGUAUGGGUCGAGAUUGCUUGGAUUUAAUGAAAGAAAGAUUAAAAAGUGCUGUUCAACAUUCUCUUUGGGAUCUCCUUAUGGAAUAUAGAGCUCUCACUGCCCCCAUAUCUGAAUCUGCCAUUCUUGAAGAUUCUUCUUGUUACAGUGAACCUACAACUCCAAUCAGAGCCCGAAGAACUGGAGUAUCUGGAGUGAAUGCUGAAACCGCCCAAAAUAAAGACUCACCAGAGUCUUCAAUUAAAUUUCAUUCUUCAAAAGAAAUGUCGUCCUCAGUACCUGAUAUGUCUUCUAAAACACACUCUCCUCCUUCACUAGUUAAAGAAAUCACUGCUUUUAAAUUUUCCACUGGUCCUCAAUCUGCAAAGCCUGAAUUUCAUACCAAAUUGCCUAUUCAAUCAUCCUGUCCCAGUCCUGUCUCUCCAAUUGCAAACAAAUCAGACAAGCGAAACUUGAAUCUCAUGUACUAUAAAUCACUAAAUAGUUUUCUACGAUAUGGAAGUCAUAUAGGUUCUCCUUCUUUGUCAAAAUUUGAAUAUGAGCUUCCCUCAAGACAUGCUGUGAUUCUUAUUUUGAAAGAAAUUACAAAUUCAAUCAAACUGCUGCUAAGAGAUGCAUUUCCUCGUAUAUACAUUAAAAAAACAGAUGGUUUAAAUUCUGUUGAAUUUCUACCUUUUUGUCCUGAAGAGACUAUCACUUCAAAUGUGUGUGAGGAAAUUGAACCUGGAGUAGAAAGAUGUUUUAUUGUUAUUGGAAGAAAUGAAAAGCAGUGGAAAGCUUACAUGGGGCACACUGAUUUUUCUAAAUUCCAAGAAACUGGAAAUGAUAGUGUUAAAAUACAUCAGAAGUAUCAAACUCAUGUCUGUAACUCAAGGGGUAGCAUUGAUCUCAACAUAGAAUCUGUUCCUAGCUCUCCUACUUUUGCCAACAAAUCUGCCUCAUCAGGAUUAUCGGUCAGUCCCCAGCCAAAAUCUCCUGUGGCUACUGCAGCUGACAAUACUGUCCGUCCAGCUACCGCUUUUGUACCUCGUCAAAGGCUUUUUCUGAUGAUGGUUAAAGAUAAAAGUGCAACUCUGUUUUUGUACAAUUGCUCUCAAGACACUUCCCAGAAACUUUUGGUACAGAUAAAAAAGCUUAUUGCUUUUCAUCAGAAUAGGAAUUGCUUAUUAAGCAAUAUUAUGCUCCAGAAAUUAGGUAUAUUUUAUGGAUUAUCCAGUUUUAAUCGAACAGAUGUUGAAAAACCCAAGAAAGAUGAUAAAAAUGCAGCAAGAGAGUCUAUUGAUGAAUCUGUUGUUAAAUCAUAUGCUUACGUUGAUCAGUUAGUUAGCAAUCAAAUAUUCACAUCCUCUUCAAGGUCAUCUAGUUUAAGCACACCAAGAAAUGCAUACAUUGCAAAAAACCUUAAAAAUACCAAACCAACUGUACCUUUCCAUUUGAGUGAAUUCUCUAGAAUCAGAGAUCCUGUCUCUGCUCAUGGAAGACAGUUUUUAGAUACAAUAGCUGCACAAAGAAGAGGCAAAUAUCUUCAUGAUAUGCAAGUUUUGCACAAUUUAUGGAAUUCAAGAGGUUCAGGGCACCACUCAUUUGAUAAGGUUUUCAGUGAUCUAAAGUGCUUGGCUCGCUUGAGCCAUUAUUGUCUGACUCCUAUUUUGUUUAGCCCAUCUUGGCGAUCUAAAGUAGCUCCUGUGAGAGACCAUGCCUUGGAGCCUUUGGAACAAAAUUUGACUGGUUUCGAGAAACCUCCAGAACCUCAUGUUGUAUCAACUAGGUCACGCCAUAGCUCAGGUAGUAGUUUGAAAAGUACUGAUGCUCCAGGUAGUGCUGGUAGUCAAACAAGAACAAGGAGAUUCAGUGGAGCUACUUACCCUAGCUCAAAUCAAGGAUCUCCUAAACUCAGAACUAAAACACCAUCUGAAGAAACUUGGCAUGCCAUGGUCUGUCGCCAUUAUCUCCAAGAGUAUGUAACCUACAUGCAUACUAUGGGUUUUGUAUCCUUGCAAGCAUCUAAUCUAUCUGACCAAAGGCAUAGUGUAAUUGCAACUGAUGAUGAUAGGAUAUCUAGAUCUGACUCAUUUUCUCGCCAUCGAGGCCCUCCUGUAUUUUAUCUGAUUAAAUGUUUACUGGGUGGUUUACUAGUCUUUGAACUGGGAUUAAGUGACCCAUAUGCUUAUGGCCACCUCUACUCUCUAGAGUGUUCCAGAUUCAAAAGUUGUACUCCUAGGGUUUUGAAUUCUCAGUUCACAGCAGCCUUUUUAGAUGAGCUUGAUAAAAUAAAAUUUAACAUGCACCUACAUUCUUUUACAUAUGACUACCAUUUACGCACAAUACAUUCUUACAUAUCUGGUCAUCAGCUUAUUUUCCGUCAUGGUUACCACUUGACAAGUUUCUUAGAUGACUUCAUUAAAUAUUAUCAAAAAGUUCCUACUGGUGCACGUAAUUUAGUUUAUUCAGGAACUUUGACAAUAUCUGAUAUUAAUAGAUCUGGUGCACAGCUUUACAAUUAUAUUAUAAGUCAUAAUAAACUCUAUGGUAUGACUGUUCUAAGAAUGGUUCCUGUAUCUUUUGAUAGCUCCAGUAUUGACACUGAAUUUGCUUUGGUUGAGCUCUUAACUCAAAAAGCCUCCUACAAGGAUGCUAAUGAUGUAUGCCAGAUCGGCAGUUUCGAUGUUGGCCUUCUCAUUAACCUUAACACUUCAGAACCAGUACCUGACCCUAGCUCAUUAGUCCUCAAUUUCUACAUCAUACUCACAAGUCAGAGGGAUCUGUAUCCGAAGUUAUCCAAUCUGCAAGCAGCAUUUCACGGCUCAUUCCAGACCGUAAGGUUUGGCUCUGCUUUAACGUCCAGUGGAAUUUUGUCUAGAAAAGUCAGUUAUGCAUCGAUAGCGAAUGAGAAAGACAAGUUUGAUUCCAGUGGGGAAGAAUCCAUUUGCUCCACCAGUUCUAGGUCAAAGAAGACAUCAGUUCGUAGCAUGUGUGAUGAAGAUGUAAUGUAUCUAGGAUACUACAGCAGCCAAGAAACGAUGAUGCAGCAAGUAAUAAACCAACAAGCAGCAGCAACUCGAGAUCAUCUUGAAGCUGUUGUCAAGAGAGCUUCUGUCCACUGUCGAAGAGAUCAUUUAUGGAGUUUUCUUUUGCUCAGAUCGCUCAAAGAGGAAAACAACAGUAAAGAUCAUGGCGUACCUACUGGAUCCUUUUCUGAGUUUGCAGAGCUCUUGGGAUUGGUGACGAUUAUUCCUUUAAAUGAUUACGAUGAAAAACUAACUCCUUUCAUGAAUAUGCAUAUAUCAUGGUAUACCACUUUAGCACCUGUUCUAAUGUCAAAGUAUGCCGAUAACCAUAGGCAAUUUUUAUCAUCUGACGGUAGCUCUAUGUAUGUUAUUGUAACUAAUACAUCUUGUCCUGAUACUUUUAUGCUGUUGACAAUUGAUGCCCGUUUAAAUCGAACAGAACUGAGUCUAGUCCUUAGAGAACCUUCAACUGACUUAUAUGUCAUAGAAGAUAAGCCAAAUCAACGAGUUACUGCAAUUCAAUCCCUUGUUGAAGGAUUUGUGAAUGUAUUAAGUUUUCAUUUAUGGACUUGCAUGUUAUCUGCUCAAUAGAUGUUUUUAUGUUUCUAAUGAAUCUGGUAAAAUUAGUUGUAAAUAAUCAAAAACAUAUUUUUCUACAUCUAUUCUUUUACUAGGCUACUAUCUGCUCUUAAAGUAUCCACAAAUCUAUCUCAUACUGGUUCAAAUAGUGAGUGAUGAUAUCUGAUAUUUGAACUAAUAUUUUUAAUAGUUUUUGACUGUGAUUUGUAGUGUUUUUAUGUUUAUUUGAUAAUAAAUUUUAUUUAUUAUAAUUUGAUUAUUGAUUAGACAUGUUUCUAUUUGUGUAAGUAGUAAAAUAUUUCUUUUUCAUUUGUACAAAACUUUAAUAGAUUAAAAAAUAUUUUUUUAUUGCCUUAAUAAAUAAAAUUACACUCAUUUUGUAAAAACAUUAAAGUGUUUUAUUAAUUUCAUUCAAGUUAAUUGUUACUCUUACUUACUGCUCUUAUAAAUUUUUUUUUCAAUUAUUUCAAUUUUGUUUGAAGGAAAGGAAACUGAGUUUGUUUAUUAUAUUCAGUUUAAACAUAGGUUCUGAAAACUUUAUAUAUCUAUAUAUUUUUGUCUCAAUAUUUGACAUAUAUUUUUGUCUCAAUUUUUGUCUCAAUAUUUUUUUGUCUACUAUGUCUCAAAUAAAUUAAUGAAUUUAUUUAAGAUUGAUUGCAAAAUAUUCUAAUUGAUUGUAUAGAUUUUGGCUACAGCCUGUACAAAAUUGAAAUACUUUUUCAAUUGGAAAUGUGUUUGUUUGUUCCUAUUUACUGUAUAUUUUAUACUUGUAAAUAAAAAUUUAUUUAGUGUA